AUGCCGAAUCACCUCACCAUUCCUUUUAAGAAGACAUAUUCAUGUCCUAUACCUGUUGCCACACGCGAUUACAUCCAAAAUCACACGGAAGAUCACCCAGAUGCUUAUAUUGGCGAUAUCAAUCAGUGGAAGGCAUUGCGGGAUAUCGGCACUGGGGGCGUAUUACAUGUUGACCGUAUCAACUUCGCGUUAAACUAUCAUGCUCAACUUGUAUUCAUUCUAGCCAAAUUACCGCCCGACAUCAAUUUGGAAUUCUCAUACGCACAUGCGUUUGCUAGCCCGUCCUCCUUCCCUGUGACCCUAAGGAGUAUUGCGUUUGAGCGGGCUUCAGUCUUGUUCAAUAUAGCCGCGCUAUAUUCCCAAUUAGCUGCUUCUGAGGACAGAUCCAGUCAAGAUGGCCUAAAACGUGCAAGUGCUUAUUACCAGGCAACAGGUGUUUUGGCCUUCCUGUCCGAGUCAGCGCUGCCGAAACUGGGUCCUUUUGUAGACUUAGAAAACACACCUUCCGAUCUGAUCGAAGAUUUUGUCAAAAGUCUGGAAUGGCUUAUGCUGGCCCAGGCCCAGGAAUGUGUCUGGCAGCAUGCCGUCGCCGAUCACUACAAGAAUAGUCUGAUUGCAAAAUUGGCAGCCAAAGUUUCAUCUCUUUAUAAUACAUCCUUACUAUCGAUCCGCCUGGCAGCUGCCGACGCCCGUAGUGCCUUACCGCCUAAUUGGGUCCCUCACCUGGAGACGAAGCAUUAUCAUUUCAAUGCAGCAUCGCAAUAUAGGAAAAGUGUCGACGAACUUGAAGCCUCUAGGUACGGUGACGAAAUUCGGCGUCUGAUGAUUGCGGAAGCAGAUGCUAAAAAAGCAUUUAACAUUGCGAAGCGUGCCGGGGUCGCUCAAGCAGUCAUAAGCGAUGUCAAGUCGCUGCUUGACGUUGUGCAGAAAGAUCUUUCCCGUGCUGAAAGAGACAAUGAUCUGAUAUACCAUCAGAAUGUUCCGGCACCUUGUGGUAUCCCUGCAAUUCAAGAAGUCUCUAUGGUACAGAGCAUCAUUCCGCCUGGGCUACGGGACCCCAGAAGCAUAAUCGGCGAUGACAGCAUAAUCUUUGGUGAAAUGCUUGGAUGGGGUGCUCGGGAAGCUAUCAAUAUCUACAAUGAUAACAAGAAAAAUUUGCUUCAAGAGAAAAUUGUCGAACCAGCCCAGAAUCUGAACGAUGAAGCCGAUAAAAUCCUUCAAUCUUUGAACUUGCCAUCAUCGUUGGAAGCCUUGGAGCGUCCUGUCGGGCUACCUCCAAGUCUCUUGAGGAAAGCUGAAGAAAUACGUCUAGAGCAGGGGCCUGCGAAGAUCGAUGUCUAUCUCGACGACGUUCAACGACUCUCUCGACAUGUACUCGGCAUUCUCGACGAGGCUAUGGAUAUCCUAGACAGCGAGGCAUCUGAGGACGAAGCUGCACGCAGAGAGACGCCAAUGAACCGUCCUCCAUCUCAUGAAGCAAACCAAGAACUUGUCAUAAAACAACAACGGUAUCGGACCAUUCUUAUUCAGGCAGCAGAAAGCGACGAACUCGUGCGCAGAAAAUGGGAGGAAUGGGAAGAUCAAAUUUCCGAGCUUACUCGCGACGAGGAUGAGCUCGAAGCCUUGGUGCCGUCAUCGACAGUCUCAAUGACAGGAAAGGCAGUGUCAACUAGUCAGACUCAAAUCCACGCUCGCACCCUGCGUGGCUUGCUAGAAUCUUUGGAUGAUGUUCGUCGUACUCGAGACGACCUUAUUGUCCGUGCUCAAAGACGAGCGGAAAGCGACGACAUACGGCCAAAGGUACUGGCGGCAGCGGCAAACUUGGAACAUAGGAUAGAAAUGAGCGCCGUCAUGUUUGAAGACGUUUCUGAUAAUGAACUUGCCAAGUACGACAAGUUCAUUCAAGGUCUGACAGAGGGGCGGAAAAAACAAGAGGAGAUUCUCUCGUCGAUCAAGUCCACGAAUGAUGCAUUCAUUCAGUCUAGGAAACAAGACCCUGCUAUCAAGGAUCGAGAGCAGGCCCUUCAAUUUCUUGAUCUCGCGUAUUCUCAUUAUAGAGAGAUUAUACGGAAUCUAGACGAAGGGCUGAAGUUUUACAACGAUAUGGCUGGUAUCUUGACUAACUUCAAGGAAGCAUGCAAGAUAUGGAGCGGUGCGCGAAGUCGAGAAGCCAGACUCCACCACAACAUGGCGUCUCUUUCAAUCCGUGACCGUGACAAUGCCUCCGAUGAAUCUCACGAAGCGCCAGUGUCCACGACGUCGCCGCUGAUGACAGGCACUCGAAAACAGACUACUGGUAUACCGACACUAUCCUCAGCUGAUUGGGAGGUUCAAGAACUGGCUCCCCCACCGAUAAAACGAGCAGAAAAGACCACAAAACAUCGAUGA